GUUUGUCUAAGACUAAUCUAGCAAGUAAAGCCGGAUAACCGAAUGGAAACGGGGCCCCACGUCCACCCGGUCCAAAGGGUUCAAAAAGACUUGCAGAAGCAGCAAAGCAGUUGAAAUCAAAUCAAAAACAUAAAAAUUGGAAUGUUGAUCUAGAAUCUACAUUCUACUCUAUACGAUACACAUCAAAGAGCGCAAAGUACAAGUUUUUUCUGGAAUAAUCCUACUGUGUUACUGUUACUCACCAUCACCAAAUGAGACCCAACAUUGUUUCAGAGGCGAGUGCAACUACUCGGCUCAAUCAAUGGUGGGAAGGGAUUCCAUUCAUUACAUCUGCAGUGGUUGCUGUAUGUGCAGCUAUAUACUUGGUUUGCCUUUUGGUUGGCUAUGACUCAUUUGUAGAGAUAUGCUUCUUGCCUUCAGAAAUCCUAACACAUUUUCAAGUUUACAGGAUAUAUACCUCCAUUCUAUUUCAUGGUUCAUUCCUUCAUGUCUUCUUCAAUAUGUUAACAUUAGUUCCAUUGGGUUCUGAGCUAGAAAGAAUCAUGGGAUCUGUACGCCUUCUGUACACGACAAUCUUGUUGGCUUUAAGCAAUGCCGUUUUACAUCUUCUUAUUGCAUUGUUGGUAUCACACAACCCUUUUUAUCCUUACAUGUAUCUUAUGAAUGAGUGUGCCAUAGGCUUCUCGGGAAUCUUGUUCUCUAUGAUUGUCAUAGAAUCAAGCUUGAGUGGAUUUCAAUCCAGAAGUGUAUUUGGACUCUUCAAUGUGCCUGCUAAAUGGUAUCCCUGGAUUUUGUUGGGGGUCUUUCAGCUUCUUUUGACUAAUGUCUCGUUGCUUGGGCAUCUUUGUGGCAUUUUAUCUGGGUUUGCUUAUACUUAUGGGUUAUUUAACCUUAUAAUACCUGGAACAUCCUUCUUUUCUGGCAUUGAAAAUUCGACAUGGCUUUCAGCUUGUGUUCGACGACCUAAGUUCAUUGUAUCCACAGGUGGGAAUACUUCAGGAUACCUUCCUACAUAUUCUAUUCAAAACUCAACUUCCAGUGGUUCAGCUACUACAAGCCUAUGGAGUCAUCUGUCUUCUUUGAUGCCACAAAGAGAUACCUCUUCUCAGGAAACACAAGAUACACGUUUUCCUGGCAGGGGCAGGACUCUUAAUGCUUCUAGAAGUGUCACAGCUCCAGGAAUAACUUCUGAUUCAAAUCUGCAGACAAGACUUUUGGAUAACACCAACUUGAACAGUCAAUCUAACACCACAGCUACAAAUCCAGGAGGUGGAAGGCCAUCAGCUGUAAAUAGUAUCACAGAGCCUAUCAGUUCUCCUCAGCAAAAGGCUUUGAUUAUUUCUGACGAAGACAUCCAAAAGCUCGUCUCAAUGGGUUUCGAUAAGACUCAAGUUGAAGUUGCCCUAGCUGCUGCUGAUGGAGAUCUGGAUGUUGCUGUUGAAAUUCUUAUGUCACAACAGGGGUAGUAAUACACAUCUGAUUGGUUGCAACUAUAUGACAUCUGAUUGGUGCAAUCAUGGAAGUCAGACAGUUCAUACUAGAACGAGUAUGAUGGGCAUAUGUAUAUUAUAGCGUUUUAGUAAGAAAGCAACAGAAAGUAUAUGCUUUGUUUUCAAUUAUUAGAAAUCAACUGUUUCCUUUUGUUUAAUCAAGUCUGAUCAAUGUUGCGUUUGUUAGUUAGCUCGAUAUGGUUUCCAAUUAUAAUUGAAGCAAUAAGAGUAAUAAACUAAAGACCCAUUUGGUCAAA